UAGCUGUCAUAAGUUAAUACAUCAUAUUACAAUUACUUAUUUAUUUUCUAAUUAUUAUUCAUUUGUAAUAUAAUUGUGAUUAAUUUUUAAGAAUUAAUUUCUUUUAAAAAUGAACUGUUUAUAUACUCAUUGAUUAAACAAUUAAAAUAUGUUUAGUAAGUACCUAAUAGCUCGUGGAAAAUAAUAAUAAUAACAUAUCCAUAAAAAACUAAAAAAAAACAGAUGAGUGACACGCGCGAAGUUUUUUUGACAAUGUCUGAUGCGCUUGAAGAAAUUUCUAAUUGGAGUAAAAGUGAUGUUGAAAACUUAUUUCGAAAUAAUGGCUUGGAAGAAGAGUGCUGCAAAAUUAUUAAUAAAAGAAAUAUUGGUGGAGACGAACUUUUACACUUAACGGAGGGGAAGUUAGCUCUUUGGAAAAGUGACCUCACCGGAACACUAAAAUGGAGCCUUUGGUCAUUUGUAGAAGAAUUGAAAAAAAAUCCCGUGAAAUAUGUUGAGGAGAAAAAGAGAUAUGAGACUGAAAAUGAAAAUGUGAGUGAUACAGAUUCUUGGGCAACUGAUUUCGAUGAUGGAAUUGAAGAAAGUGAUAAUGUGAAUGCAAAAAAGUUGACAAACAAUGAGAACAACAAGCUGAAUAAUAAUAAGACAGAAGACGACAGCACGUACGCCAAUUGUGACAUAAGCGACAUAAGUACAAAUACUACAGAAAUGACUUAUGCUAAUUUCGAAGCAUCAGCAGAAGUUCAAGUAUCAAAAUUAAAGAAAAACGAAUCUAAACUUCAUUCAAUUAGUAAUCUGACUUUUUCACAUCAAUCAAAGGACGUAGAGAAACCGACUCUUUCAGUGAAACCAAAAGUGAAUAAUUCAAAGAGAAGACAACCACAGACUUCUUUUCUUUAUACAAAAUCCACACAAAAAUCGAGUGAUGAAAGUGAAGCUCUAAAAAGACUGUCCGUAUCGUCGCUGCCAGAAUCGCUAAAUGGAUCGAGAGAUUCACCAAUUAAUGAUAUUAGUGUAAAUAAAAAUUUACCAAAACCACCUGGUUUAAUAAAAAGCUUUGAUCUUGUUGCAAAUUUGCCAACACGCACAGAAGAGAGUGAAGACGAAUAUGAACCGUUUGAUGAGGAAAUUAUCGAACAACAUCAAAGAAGAGAAUCUAUGGCGAGAGUCGAUAGCAAACAGUCCCUCACCAGUGGACAUCAAAGUUCAUUUGAAAGCCUUUAUCAUCCAUCAAGUAUCACCGGUCACAAGGAGGAAAAGGAUUAUGAAAUUUAUGAAUACAUCACAGAAUCGCCAGAAGAAAUGAAAGCGGAUUCCGUUUUAACGAAAAAAUCGAAAAUUUUAGAAAACCCACCACCGCCUUUACCUGUUAAACCACCUAUGGAACGAUCUUUGGAUAAGAAAUUUGCCACAUUACCUCUCAGUAACUCUUCGUUAUCAUCUCCACGACCAUUACCUCCUCCUCCUCCUGACAGACAAUUCACCGAUAAACCAUGGUUCCACAAUGUGACGAGAGAAAGAGCCAUGGCAUUAAUUAGAGAGCCAAAAUUUUUUUUCAUUUCAGAGAGUACUUAUCCUCAGGAUGGAUAUUUUCUCGUGAGACCGUCCACAACGAACCACAGCAAUCCUUUGACACUAGUUCUUUGGUAUAAAGAUAGAGUUUACAAUGUUCCUGUUCGUAAAAGAGUCGACAACCGAUUCGCUUUGGGAUCAGAAAAAGUGAACGAACAAUCUUUCGCAAGUGUUGAAGAAAUUGUACAUUUUUACUCGAGAGAAGAAUUAUUUCUCUACACAGGUGGACUACAAAUGGGUAGCACGACAUUGUCAGAUACCCCAAUAAAAUAAAAUUCUUAACAUCAUCACAUUUUUAUGUAUACCUUUAAGUAUUUGUCAAAUUAAGAAAUCUCUGUGGUAUGAAUCGUAUUUUUGUGCCUUUCAUAAUUUAAAAAUUUCUAAUCAAAUUGGAAAAUUUUAAUUAAUAAUUAUUGUUAAAUAUUUUACUCAUUGCAUUUAACUUAGAUGAUAUAAUAGUAAGUUUAGGAAUUUUAAUAAUUUUUAUAAAAAAGAUUGUGCAAGACAAAUCUUGCAAUAUAA